UUUUCUUGACCUCGGAAACCAUUUCCUUCAUGUUUGACGUUAGGUUGAGAGUCCGAAAACGCCAAGAGAUCAAGAAGAAUCGAAUCGCAUACUAGCUAGUGCAUGUCAACGGAGAAGCAGCUCUGGUUGAAUUUCACUAUUGCGUGACAUUGGUACAUGUAUAGCUACGGUAGCUGGUUAGUCACUCUCCCUACCAGGUUACUUCGAUCCAAGUUUUUUCAAUAGACUGUCACUCCACCACCAUGACGGGUAGCACAGCUAUUCACGGCCAAGAAGGUUUUGAUAAUGGAGAUGAUAAUAGCGCAGCAGCAGCAGAACGGGCUGAUGGCUUCCGCGCGGUGACUGAAGCUGGCGAAAACAGUGUCCUACCAACAGUGGCGACGCCAGAGGAAGAUGGAGAAGUGGAAGAUCAACGAGAAAUGGCUGCCGCUGCGGCAGAGGUAUCUGUCAUGGAUCGUACUGCAAGAACUAACGGCCGCAGUGCCACUGGCGAUGAAGCCCUGAUUGGAGCCACUGGAAAUGCUGAAGGAGUGGGAUCCUUCGAAAUGGUUGAUGAAGUGGGAGAGAUGGUUUCACAACGAUUUCUUCAGUUCUUAAUGGACUUCUCAGAGACAAUUUCAAGAACCAGACCCAAUCCCAACCCCAUGGAGGUGGAAAUGGAAGAGGUGGAAAUGGAAGAGCAGACUGUAUUUCCAUAUUCGGAACAAGGCAGUCAAAUGGCAAAGCGACAACUGGAAACCCGGGCAGCUGACGAUUCGGCGAAGACACAGCAAUACGGUUUCUCUAAUACCAUGUUUCUGGACUUUGACCAUGUCAUGAAGACAGAUCUGGAACUGGCAGAGGCAAUUCAAUCUGAUUUUGGGCGCUUUGAACCGUUCUUGAGAAAGGCCGUUCGAUCAUUCGUACAUGACUUGCAUCCAGAGCUUGCCGACUCUGCAUCACCAUCAUCUCAAGAACAGACCAACUACUUUGUUGCUGUUCACAAUCUGCCUAGUCUAUUGCCAGUGAGGCACCUAAGGACCGAUCAAAUCGGUCGAUUGACAGCCGUGGCGGGAACCGUCACGCGUACCUCCGACGUUCGACCUGAACUAUUGAGUGGCAGCUUUCGAUGCAACAAAUGUGGGUUGCUUGCCGAAAACAUUCUGCAGCAGUAUCAUUUUACACGCCCCACGCUUUGUCGCAAUCCGCGGUGUGGCAACUUAUCUCCAAAAGAGUUUACUCUGGAUUCUCAGCGCAGUGAGGCUGUAGACUGGCAAAAGCUAAGGGUUCAAGAGAACUCGGACGAAAUUCCACCCGGUUCCAUGCCUCGAGCGGUCGAGGUGAUUAUUCGAAACGAAAUGGUGGAGAAAUGCAAAGCUGGCGAUCAAUGUGUUUUCACGGGAACCCUGGUGGUAAUUCCCGAUGGAUCUGCACUUGCAAGAGCUGGAGAAGCGCCCAAGGCCACUCGAAGUGGACCUAGUGACGCCGCCACGGGAGGAGGCGGUGGAAUCCGGGGAUUGAAGUCAUUGGGUGUGCGAGAGCUCACCUACAGGACAUGCUUUGUUGCUUCAUCUGUUAUCCAAACCGAAGUCCUUGCGAGAGCCGCCAACGCCACAAGCAACACUGCAGCUUUGAUUUAUGGGAGCCAUACAUUUGAUUCCCAUGAAGCAACUAAGGAAGAAGUGGCUCUGGAAUUCACGGCGGAACAACGGGAAGAAAUUAGGACAAUGAAAAAUAGCCCAAGAUUGUAUGAACAGCUCGCCGAUUCCAUCGCCCCAGCAACGUUCGGUCACAGGGAGAUUAAAAAAGGCAUCCUCUUAAUGCUGCUGGGUGGCGUCCAUAAGACAACUGCAGAUGGUAUCAAACUUCGUGGUGACAUCAAUGCUUGCAUUGUCGGGGAUCCCUCCACGGCCAAAUCGCAAUUCUUGAAGUAUGUCCAUUCCUUCCUUCCAUCACGUGCAGUGUAUACUUCGGGUAAGGCUUCAAGUGCUGCAGGCCUGACGGCGGCUGUACAAAGGGAUCAAGAUACUGGGGAAUAUUGCAUUGAAGCGGGUGCUCUCAUGCUUGCAGAUAAUGGAAUUUGCUGCAUCGACGAGUUCGAUAAAAUGGACGUUGCUGACGCAGUUGCUAUUCACGAGGCAAUGGAACAACAGACAAUCAGCAUCACCAAAGCAGGCAUUCAGGCUACUCUCAAUGCCCGGGCAUCCAUCCUUGCAGCAGCCAACCCCAUACACGGUCGAUACGACAGAACACGCACGCUCAAAUCGAACGUCUCUCUUUCGGCACCUAUUCUCAGUCGAUUCGAUCUCUUUUUCGUUGUGCUCGACGAUUGCAACCCUGUGGCAGACAAUCGUGUAGCCCGACACAUCCUCAACGUCCAUCGAUGUGAAGAGGCAACAGUCACGGCUCCCUUCACAAUGGAGCAGAUGCGGAGAUAUAUACGUUUGGCAAGGUCUUUUCAUCCCGAGAUGACAGCAGAGAGUCAACGUGUUCUCGUGGAGUGCUAUCGAAAGCUUCGUCAAGGAGAUACUUUAGGGGGGUCUCGUUCCGCGUACCGAAUCACCGUGAGGCAGCUUGAGUCCCUCAUUCGGCUUUCCGAAGCAAUCACAAGAUUGCACCUUGAAGAACAGAUCCAACCAUCGUAUGUCCGAGAAGCGUUCCGGCUCUUGAAAACUAGCAUCAUCCAAGUAGAGACAUCUGAUGUUGAGAUGGAAGAUGAGGAGUUGGGCAAUCCUAGAGUGCCGGAAAACGAGGUUGCAGAGGAAAGCCAAGAAUCGCAGCCAGAGGAAGGAGACGACAGCUAUGACCAGCCGGAUACUCAAACAAUGAUGCACGGGGGGGAAUACCCUCGCGGGGAAAGCGUGACAAAGGAGACAGCGGAGGGUGAAAUGGAAAAGGCACCCCAGGAGAAGAAGAAAAAGACCAAGAUAUCCUUUGAAGAAUACGAGUCGAUCACUAAUGCAAUUGCAACGCACUUGCGGUCUCUUGAAUCAGAAGCAGACGACUCUCAGUCGCAGUAUUUGAAGUGGAAGGACGCUGUCGAUUGGUACCUUGUACAGAUUGAACAUGACAUCGGCGACUCGGUGGAACUUUUGGAUCAGAUGAGAAAGAAAGUCAACUUGGUGAUCAGACGGCUUCUGAAUGUGGAUCAAGUAUUGGUCACGCUGGGGGAUGCACCGAGAAACAAGCGUGAAGAACAAGAAUCCGUCUUGGCUGUGCACCCCAAUUGGGUUCCUUAGCUGGCUGAUGUUGCUGUGCCCUUCGUAGCAUUUUAGUAGUGUAAAGUUUCCUGCCGCAAUUAUUACUGUGAGCGCGAGGGCUUUAGAUGUGUGGUUCAUUAAAAAAGCGACAUCUUCGGUCUUCAUUGCAACACAAAAACGCGUUACACAAAAAGGAGUAGAGUAGAUAUAUUUACAUGCACAAUGUAUGGCUGCAUUCGCCUCACAAACUUAUGUCCUCAAAUUACAUCAUAAUGUCGCCAAGAUACUCUCUUGCUCCUUCUCCCUUACCAGUCCUAGCCUUUGGAGAAGCCCACUUGAGUGAACUCUUGGAACGCAUCGCCUUGAUGACAGCACCGGGGUGCUCAUUGGCAUCUUGUCCAGCUUUGUAGAGUGCGUCUCCAACCCAAACUGAAUUGAAUCCUUUAUCUCUCAAGAACCAAGCAUCUUCAAUUUCUUGCAGCUGCUGGUUCUUCCUCGUCAGUAUGUUGGCAAGCAUACAGACCUGCUGUCCGUCAGGAAUACUGAGAUCAGUGAUGAUUUCAGCUUUUGCCUCGACAUCCUCCAAGCAAACAAUUAAGAUGAUUCUGGCGCCAAGGUCGAUUGCCUGCUGAGCUUCUUCUUUGUUGGAAACAGCGACUAUUGGUUCCAUAUCCACCGCUUUCGUAGCUUUGAGAAGAGUCUCGAGUUGAUCGCCCAGCACAUCCAGCGUGAGGACACAUCCAGUCACGCCCAUUGCAGCGGAUCGAGCAAUCUGUAGCUCGUCAAUAAUGAGAUCAUUGUUGAUUACAGCAAUGGGACCGGGAACUUCAUUCUUGGCUCGCCUCUGUUCCUCUACAAAAUCUGCCAAAUCUUUGUAGGUGCAUCCACCCAUUCUCUCGUCUGCCAUGACGGCAACUGCAGACGCCCCGUAUUCGCGAAAAGCUGGAGAAAGCAUCUCGGGGUCAUAGAUAUCUGCAAUAUACCCAGCCUCUAUGGCAUCGUUCUUUCUUCGAAACUCCGCAAUAAUGGUGAUGGUGCCUUUUCUCUUUGUCAGGGCUUGUUGCAGCGGCCCAGGGGUGCUCAGAUUUAAAUCAAUUGUAUCCUUUUCAAGUGCUUCUUUCAGCACAUUGUACUUUUCCAUCACACUAUCUUCGAUUCCUCCUUCCACGUAUUUCCUCAAAUCUGCCUGUUUUGCUUUCUUGGCAAGGGCGCCAAUAGCAUUGAGCGGGACGCUGGCAAAAGCACGCGAUUUCGCAUAUCUCUGGGCAUCACUUGGAACAAAGGCCCAAACGCUGGAUGCCGUACUCCCCGCUGCAAGCAAAAGGAAAAAUGGACUUGAGUACUUCAUGAUGCUGCUGCUGCAAUCUCGACGAUGCUGUUGUUGGCUGGGGAAUGAUAAUCAGGAGGUCAAGUACCCGUAAUAAGCCGAGCGACGAGCGACAACAGAGAGGGUGUCAAUUCAGAGAACAAAAGCAAAAAUGCAAUCAUGCGAACGGUUAGCAGACUGACGCACGAGCACGAGGCAUGAGGUUACUACGCUAGCUAGUUAUUCUGCCGUGGUAUUACAGUGUCUGCAAUAAGCGUUUUCUACUCUUUACAUUAUGUAGUUUCACUUUUUCUUGCAAAAGUUUCAC